UCCCCCAUUGUCUAUUGAGGGUUUUUUUUACUUCAACAUUUGAGAGAAAGCACCAAUCUCUCUAUGUGGAUCACUCUCUGCUGUUAUCAUUCCCUGCAAUUCCCUACUCGUACUUGAUUUUCUGAUUUUUGAAGCUGAAAUGAGAUGACGUCUUCACAAUCUUCACAAAAUGUGGAGUUCGAAGCGGCGAAGUUUCUUCACAAACUCAUUCAAGAUUCUAAAGAUGAGCCGGCAAAACUGGCGACAAAACUCUACGUGAUAUUGCAACACAUGAAAUCAAGCGGGAAGGAGCAUUCAAUGCCGUAUCAAGUAAUAUCAAGGGCCAUGGAGACUGUCAUCAAUCAACAUGGUCUUGAUAUUGAAGCUUUGAGGUCAUCACGCCUUCCAUUGACCAGUGGAACUCAAAUGGGGGAUUCUUCGACUGCACAAUAUGGAGGAUCUUCACAGGCAGUUGGAGUUGGGAAAGACUCUAAAGCAGGACCGGCUGAAAAUGAGAUAUCCAAAAUCGACACCUUUGCUUCCAGCAGGCCUCCUGUUGGCCCAAGCACCGCAGGUCAUGAUUACUACCAAGGAUCUGGAACUCAAAGGAGCAGUCAGUCAUUUGAUCAUGAAAGUCCUUCUAGUUUGGACACCAGGUCUGCCAAUUCACAAUCCCAAGAAAGAGGAGUUAAUCAAAAGGAUGGUAAAAAGGCUGCUGCUAAGAGGAAGAGGGUUGAUUCAUCUUUGCACUCAGAAAUGCAUGGCGACAAUCCCCAGCAACUUAAUCCACGCAAUACCAUAGUCAAUCCAAGGAGGGGGAAAAUGAACAAGGUUGACUCUCCAGGGGGUUAUCCAGUUAGAGGUGGUGAAAAUACCAGCUUUAACAAGGUUCCCAAUAGUGGCCAGCUGGAAGUUUCGUCUUCUUUUGUGUCUGCAGGACAACAGCAAGGGGGCUCUCUUCCAUCUGCACAUGAAAGUCUCACUUCUAGGGGGAUGUGGAAUCAAAAUAAAGCUGGGUUACCCCUUGAAAGAUCCCAUGUUCCGAGGUUCUCUUCUAAUGCUGUUUCUGGCAAUACAACGGCAGAAAUUCAAUUGCAGCAGUCAGCAAUUUCAUCUCUUGGAUCAAGUGCUUUUACCAAGGUUCAUGGAGGGAUGCCUGUCACUUCGAAUCCAACAGGGGCCAUAGGGGAGCUAGGAUUUGCAGGUCCUGUUCAAUACAGUAGUUCUGAACAUCAGAAACAUGGACUGACAAAGGGUGCUGUACCUAGUUCUGCCGAGAAAACAUCAGAAGGCCACUUUUUUGCUGCUAACCGAGUGGAUGACUUUCCAACUUCACUUUCAACUGGAAAGAUUUUAGAAAACGGAGGCAGUUCAAACAUGUUUGCAGAGGCAAGUAAAAUUGUCCAGGGUGGCAGGCAAACUAGUAAUUCAGAACUGACAAUGAUUAGAUCAACAUCCCCUAGAGAUGUGGGAAAAUCUCCUGUUUUCCAGGGUUCUGCCUUGUCUGGCAUGCCUUUCAAUGAACAGCAGCUGAGACAACUCAGAGCUCAGUGCCUUGUCUUUUUAGCAUUCAGAAAUGAUUUGAUGCCAAAGAAACUUCAUCUGGACAUAGCACUUGGAAAUGCCAUUUCUAAAGAUGGUGGCAAUUUGGAUGGUCCUCGGAAAGAGCUGAUUGAUUAUAAAGGAAAGGCACAAUCUUCUAAUGAGUCAAUCAGCAUUCCUGACGUUUUAAUGUCAUGUGGAAGGCUGAAUAAUCCAAAGGAAUCUGAUAAAGUGCUUCCAGGUUCUGGGGCAAGAUUCUUGGAUGGAAACUGUGUCCCCAAAGAAGCUGAUACACUGAAAAUGGUGGAGGACCCACUUUCUGACCCCUUGAUUCUUGCAGAUGAGAGGAAAUAUCUGCUCUCCACAAGAAAACUGGAUGCUGAAAUGCAAAGUCAAGAAGCAGUGGAGUCACAGGGAUUUUUUCCUUCUGCAAUGCAGCAGCCUGAUUCAGCAAGGGGUGGUUUACUCUUGAGUAACCCUGUGGACGGCAUGGAGAACUCCUGUCUGCAAGUUGGAAAAACUGACCAUGCUUCUUCAACAUCAUUUGUAAAUAAGCAGGCAAACCUUGAGGCAGUUAGCUGGACUGGCAUUGGCAAUCAAUCUCUUCCAUUUCGCUCUGUUCAGCUUGGGUUGGUUCCAGACAGAAAAGAUAAUGCUUCUAGUCAGUUUCACAGUCUUGGCAACAGUAUUGCUUCAGAUGAUUCAAGGUUAUCUGAAUUUCAAACAAGAUACACUCCAGAUGGGUACAAGGUUGUUCCAGUUGAUGUUUCAUUAAGAAAUGGCAUCUCUUUUACAACAGAACAAGAUGAUGAAGAUAGGUCAGCUUCUACUGAUUCACAACCUUCUCCAAAGUACACCAUGUCAGAGAAAUGGAUUAUGGAUCAUCAGAGGAAGAAGCUUUUAACUGAGCAAAAUUGGGUUUUAAAACAGCAGAGAACAAAACAAAGAAUCUCUACUUGUUUUUACAAGUUAAAGGAAACUGUUAGCUUUUCCAAAGACAUAUCUGCAAAAACCAAAAGUGUAAUAGAAUUGAAAAAGCUUCAGCUAUUGGAGCUUCAACGCCGUCUAAGAAGUGAUUUUCUCAAUGAUUUUUUUAAGCCUAUCACAAAUGACAUGGAUCGAUUGAAAUCAUGCAAGAAACAUAAGCAUGGUAGGAGGAUCAGACAACUUGAAAAGCACGAGCAGAAAAUGAAGGAAGAACGACAAAAGAGGAUACGUGAAAGGCAGAAGGAGUUCUUUGAUGAGAUAGAAGUUCACAAGGAAAGACUGGAUGAUGUGUUUAAGAUUAAGAGAGAACGCUGGAAAGGUUUCAAUAAAUAUGUCAAAGAGUUCCAUAAAAGGAAGGAGCGUACCCAUCGGGAGAAGAUUGACAGAAUCCAGCGUGAGAAGAUUAAUUUAUUGAAAAUCAAUGAUGUUGAGGGGUAUCUGCGAAUGGUGCAGGAUGCAAAAUCAGACCGUGUUAAGCAACUGCUGAAGGAGACGGAGAAGUAUCUACAGAAGCUGGGUUCCAAGCUACAGGAAGCAAAGUCUAUGGCAAGCAGAUUUGAGAAUGAUAUGGAUGAGUCACGAACUGCUACUUUUGUGGAGAAGAAUGAAACAGCUGCUGAGAAUGAAGAUGAAAGCGACCAGGCCAAGCAUUACAUGGAAAGCAAUGAGAAGUACUAUUUGAUGGCUCAUAGUGUCAAGGAAAGCAUUGCAGAACAGCCAACUUGUCUACAGGGCGGAAAAUUAAGGGAGUACCAAAUGAAUGGACUAAGGUGGUUGGUUUCCUUAUACAACAAUCAUUUGAAUGGCAUUCUUGCUGAUGAAAUGGGUCUUGGGAAAACUGUUCAGGUUAUUUCUCUAAUUUGCUACCUGAUGGAAACAAAAAAUGAUAGAGGGCCUUUCUUGGUGGUUGUACCUUCUUCAGUUUUACCUGGCUGGGAGACUGAAAUCAAUUUCUGGGCACCUGGAAUCCUUAAAAUUGUCUAUUCCGGGCCUCCAGAGGAGAGGCGCAGGCUAUUUAAGGAAAAGAUUGUGCAUCAGAAAUUCAAUGUCCUUUUGACGACAUAUGAAUAUCUGAUGAACAAGCAUGAUAGGCCGAAACUGAGCAAGAUACAUUGGCACUAUAUAAUAAUUGAUGAAGGCCAUCGCAUAAAGAAUGCUUCUUGCAAAUUGAAUGCUGAAUUGAAGCAUUAUCAGAGCUCCCACAGGUUGUUGUUAACUGGAACACCACUACAGAACAAUCUUGAGGAAUUGUGGGCGCUGCUCAACUUUUUGCUACCUAACAUAUUUAACUCAGCAGAGGAUUUUUCUCAGUGGUUCAACAAACCAUUUGAGAGUAAUGGUGAUAAUUCAGCCGAUGAAGCCUUACUUUCUGAGGAAGAAAAUUUGUUGAUUAUAAAUCGUCUCCACCAAGUUCUUCGACCAUUUGUACUUCGGAGACUGAAACACAAGGUUGAGAAUGAGCUGCCCGAAAAGAUUGAGAGACUUGUUAGGUGUGAGGCUUCUGCAUAUCAGAAGCUUCUAAUGAAAAGGGUGGAAGAGAAUCUUGGCUCAAUUGGAAAUCCAAAGGCUCGAUCAGUGCACAACUCAGUCAUGGAGCUUCGUAACAUUUGCAAUCACCCAUAUCUUAGCCAGCUUCAUGCAGAUGAGGUUGAUACUUUGAUACCUAUGCAUUUCCUGCCACCAAUUAUUAGACUUUGUGGAAAGCUUGAGAUGCUAGACCGAUUGCUACCCAAACUGAAAGCAACAGACCAUCGGGUUCUUUUCUUUUCCACAAUGACCAGGCUGCUUGAUGUUAUGGAGGAGUAUCUCACUUGGAAACAGUAUCGAUACCUUCGCUUGGAUGGUCAUACCUCUGGAGGUGACCGUGGUUCGCUCAUUGACAGUUUUAACCAACAAGAUUCUCCAUAUUUUAUUUUCUUGCUAAGCAUUCGGGCUGGUGGUGUUGGAGUGAACCUUCAAGCUGCUGAUACUGUGAUCAUAUUUGACACUGACUGGAAUCCUCAGGUUGAUCUCCAAGCACAAGCAAGGGCUCAUAGGAUUGGCCAGAAGAGGGAGGUGCUGGUUCUUCGAUUUGAAACAGUCCAAACUGUUGAAGAACAAGUCAGAGCUUCAGCUGAGCAUAAACUGGGAGUUGCUAAUCAGAGUAUUACUGCUGGUUUCUUUGACAACAACACAAGUGCAGAAGAUAGAAGGGAAUACUUGGAGUCCCUCCUGCGAGAAUGCAAGAAAGAGGAGGCUGCCCCUGUAUUAGAUGAUGAUGCUCUAAAUGAUCUCUUAGCUCGCAGUGAAUCAGAGAUUGAUGUAUUUGAAUCAGUUGACAAACAAAGGCAGGCAAAAGAGAUGGCAACAUGGAAGAAUUUGUUAUUGGGACAAGGGAUGGAUGCUUUGGAACAUCUGCCUCCUUUGCCUUCACGCCUUGUAACAGAUGAUGACCUGAAAGCAUUCUAUAAAGCGAUGAAUUUGUAUGAUGUGCCUAAGGCUGGGGUAGAAUCCAAUGCAGGAGUGAAGCGGAAGGGGCAGUCUCUCGGGAGCCUUGAUACUCAGCAGUAUGGAAGGGGAAAGCGAGCUAGAGAGGUACGCUCUUAUGAAGAGCAAUGGACAGAAGAGGAAUUUGAGAAGAUGUGUGAGGCUGAAUCUCCCGAUUCUCCCAUGAGGAAAGAAGAAACUGGAGAGAGGAACUUGCUGAAAGAUGCUAGUGGAUCUAUAUUGGCUAUUGGUAGAUCAGAACCUCAAGCUCCACCACAACUGCCCCCGCCACCACCAUCUGUGGAGCCUCUCCCUCCGCCACCAUCUGUGGAGCCUCUCCCUCUGCAGCCAUCUGUGGAGCCUCUCCCUCCGCCACCAUCUGUGGAACCUCUCCCUCUGCAGCAGAGCAAAGAGGUAACGCCAUCAAAACGGGGUCGUGGAAGGCCAAGAAGAGCAACUUUAGAUAAAGCUCCAGCUGCAAUGGCACUCUCAGUACCUCUUGGAACUGGCAAAAUCGAUACAGAGUUACAGAAAGGAAUGGAGUCUUGCUCCUCAAAAACCUCUGCUCCUGAUUCUUCUCCUGUUCCUAAUUUAGGAAGUAAUAGUAGAGCCACACCUCAUUCAGGAUCAGGGAUUUUGCCCAGUCCUCAACCAAUUACUCCAGUUUCUGUUACACUUGGCUCACAAACUACACCUGCUUCCCUUUCCAUGCCAUUGCAAUCAAGAGGUCGAGGUCGGAAGGUUCAAGGUGGAGUUCAAACACCCCGGCGCAGAGGAAAGAAUCAGGUGGCAAUUUCAUCAACUCCUUCUGGUUUUGCUGUUCCUGAUCCAAAUAUAAAUGAUCAAUCAGUGAAUGUAUCUGUCAAUCCAUCAAUUAUUGCCAUGGGUGGAACUGUUUCUAGUGCUCCCAUGUCACAGCAUCCUAUUAAUUUACCUGGUUCUGCUGCUGUGGAGGGUACUAAUGCAACCACUCAUCAUUCUGGGCCUGGGACUGCUUUGGAUUCUGAACCAAAACCUGCUAACCCUUCCAUCUCCCCUAUCAUUCAAUCCAUUGCUCCUAGUCCUUCAGUUCCUAUGCAAGUUAAAGGGCAAAACCAGAAGACUCAAAGUGGCACUGGAACACCUCGACGCAGAGGAAGGAAAGAGGUGCCAGUAACAGAUGUUUCAGAUGGUCAGCUCUCAAAAUCCAAUCCAACACUUUCACAGGAUAAAUCUGGGGAAUCAUCAGGAAGCAAAGCUAUUUUCACGAUUAGUAGCCAACAAAAUAAUACUCUGGAAAGGGAUGUUAACCAGGAGCAACUGUCCAGAGAAGCUGGCCAGGACCAAAAAGCAACUGAGCAUUCAGAUGAUGUAGCCCAGCAUAGGCAACCUGCCUGCUCUCCGACAACACAUGAUGGUAUUACCAGAUCUAUGGCUUGUGCAGGCUCGUCUGGACAAAUACAUGGUGCUGAUAUGCAAGAUGUAGUUUCUGUGACAAAGGAGGUUUCAGCAGAAAAUAGCUCUUUGAAAGCUAAAGUAGGUGAAGUCUCCAGGAAUGAAGGUGGAGCUAUCCUGUCUACGCCUCUGCCAAGUAACCUCUUUCUAGAGGUGGUCCAUAAUCAAAGCUCAGAGGAUAAACCUUCCCCGGUGGUUUGUCCUCCAAUGGAGUCAUCACUGAGUUCUACUGUAGAAAGUGUUGGCAAAACUGUGCAUCAGCUUACUCCAAAGAUUGCUUCUUGCUCUCAGGAAAUUUCAUCUUAUCCUUCUGUUACUCCAAUCUUUCAAUCUAAUACUCCUGAAGCAAUGCAAGUUAAAAGGCAAGGUCGUAAAGCUCCUACCAGAGUGGAAACACCAAGGCGAAGAGGAAAGAAACAGGGUUCAGUUUCACUUGCUGUGGAUGCUUCAGUUGAUCAGGAUCCCAUUAUAAAUGCUCAAACGCAAAAUAAGUCUAGAGAUUCAUUAGGGGGGAUGGCCAUGUCCUUGAGGAGCGGGCAAGGGAAUGAUUUCAAGGAGUUGAAGAAUGUGGUUCAGGAAGCAUGUGUUCCCAGUGGUUUAGUUGGUCAAGAUCCAAAAAGGAAAGAAGCUAGUGGGAUUCCAGCUUUUGGCCAAAUUCAGACCUCUGAUGUAACUGAUGUUGCUCGCGUGAUGAAGGAGAUAUUUUCCGAGACUUGCUCUUCAAAAACUAAAAGUGGUGACUAUUCUGGAGUUGAAGUUAGAAGUGCCCCUUCAUCAAGUAAGAUGUCUGUGGAGGUGGCAAAAGACCGAAGCUUGGAUUGUAAAGCACUUUCAGCUGUGUCAGUUUUAGAAGCAGAAGCUCCAGUUAUGAGGAGCUCAAUUGAUGAUUCUAAACAGUCUGGGUCUGGAGAUGGUGUCAAAAUGGAAGGGGAUAAUGCUUCAGAAGCAGAAGCUCCAGUUAUGAGUUCAAUUGAUGAUUCUAAACAGUCUGGGUCUGGAGAUGGUGUCAAAAUGGAAGGGGAUAAUGCUUCUGAUUUGGCUAAGGCUCAUAUUUCAGAAAUUGAUGUCUCUACAAUAGAAAGCAAUACCAGCCAUGGCCCCAUUGAAAAAAUGACAGACACAAUACAGGCUUCAACCAAAAACCCAAUCACAGGGAGUUAUAUGAAGGUCAAACAUUCAGUUUUUGAUGCUUGUGAAAUGGACAAUAUUCCUUCUCUGGGAUCUGCUCAUGAAGGUCUUCUUGGUGAUGGUGGCAAUCCUCCCGUGGUCACCCAAUCUGUUUCUGAUGCAACGGAACAUCCUGGGAGUGACUCUGGAAACAGAACAGAGGCUUCAAAAGCAUCUCCUGGGUCUUCUCCAGAUGUUGUUAAGCUCGGCAACACUACACUUUCUGUGAAACCUGAUGGUAUUGAUUAUCAUUCCAAAGGGACAGUUACUCUUACUGCAGAUCAUUCAGAUGCAAAAAAUAUCCAUAUUGUAGCUGAUGGUGUAUCUAUAAGUAGUAAUAAGCCUUCUCCAAAAGAGUCCCCAGAAUCUUCUCUUGAAACCAUAAACGUUGAAGCUCAAGCUCAAACUCAAUCGGUUGACAAAACCAAGGUCAAGGGUGAGGAGGUCUGCAAUAUGCAAAUUGACCCCCCCGUAUCAGAGGCCUCUUCACUUAAGUAUCUAUCUUCUUCCAAUGAGCAAGAGCUAAACAGUUCUGCAGCUGGAGCCAGUCAUGAAAAGGAUGUUUCUCAGUGUGGAGGGGUUAUGCCACAAGAUAUUUCAGAAGAUUCUCUUCCAGUGAGAGAAGAAGAAAUUGCUGAUGGCUCAUGUGAGAAUCGUCUCAUUGGAAGAUCAGUAGUAAUGGAGGAGCCACUCAAAUCUGAAGCAGGUAAUGAAGCAGAAGCCUCUCAGGUUGGUGCGGUUGUGCAAAAAGAUUUUUCAGAAAAUACUGAUGGCUCAUGUGAGAAUGGUCUUGUUGGAAGCUCUGUAGUAAUGGAGGAGCCACACAAAACUGAAGCAGGUAAUGAAGCAGAAGCUUCUCAGGUUGGUGCGGCUGUGCAAAAAGAUUUUUCAGAAAAUACCGAUAGCUCAUGUGAGAAUGGUCUUGUCGGAAGCUCAGCAGUAAUGGAGGAGCCACACAAAACUGAAGCAGGUAAUGAAGCCUCUCAGGUUGGUGUGGUUGUGCCAAAAGAUUUUUCAGAAAACACGGUUAUACCCUCAUCUCUAGUGGUAGGAGAGGAAGAGAAGGACAGUAGAUCAUUUGAUCAAGGUUUAGCUGGCAGCUCAAUAGAACCAGAAAGGUCAUCUGUGGCCCAACUGACCAGUAAAAAGGAUGUAUCCAAAGCUGAUGUCUUUGUUUCAGAAAUUACACCGGAACACACAGUUCUACCCCAAUCUUCCUUGGAAGCAGAAGAAAACUUAAAAGGCAGUUCAGAGAAUGAUUUAGCUUGCCAUCCAGUAGUGCCAGGGGAAGAAAAAGGAUCCGAAGCUGAAAUUGAUGAUCAGAUGGGCAUACAGAAGGUGUCUGAAAGGGCACCAGAAAUUUUGGAUCGCCAACCAUCUUCUCUGGUACUAGAGGAAGAAGAGCAGGAUAAAGGCUCAUCCAAGAAUGGUGCACCUUGUCACUCAGUAACGCUACAAAAAUCAGGAGGGUUAGAAGCUGAAGCAGGUGAGCAACUGGAUGCAUCUCAUGCCGAUACUUUAGUACCAGAAAAUGCAUCAGAGAACAUGGUUUCACCAAGAUCAUCCUUAGCUUCAGAGGCACCAAUGAUCGAGGGCUCGUUGGAGAAGGAUACAUUCGGCUUCUCAGUAGUGCUAGAGGCAUCUAAAGGCUCUGCAACUAACGAGGAUCAAGCAAUAGAUGGAAUUAUGCCUUCAUCUCUUAUAGGGAUGCAGGAAUCUGAGAUUAAGAGCUCAUCUGAGAACCACCAAGUUGACAGCUCAGUAGCUGAGAAAUUGAAAACAUCCGUGAUUGAAGAGGGAAGUCAAGGGAUAUUACCUGAGGUGGCUGGAAUUGUGCCUGAAACUUCUUUGGUGGCUAGUGUUGUGCCAUGUUCCUCCGAAACAGCUGUAGAAAAUGUUAAUUGCUUGUCUGAGAAAAGCUCUCAAAGCAUCUUGCUUGCACCAGAGGAACCAAAACAGUUUGAAACUGAAAAUAGCAACCAAAUUGUUGUAUGUGAGCCUAUGACCGGGCCUGAAGAUUCUUUGGAUAACAUGUGCCAGCCUUCAUGUUCUCUCUCAAUGGAUGCGGACAAGGUUGAGGGCUAUUCUGAGAAGAGUCCUUGUAGCAUUGCAGUACAAUUGAAGGAAUCGAAAGGGACUGAAAUAGAAAAUGUUGAAUCCCAUGUUGCUAGCAUGGCAUAUGAAAGUCAAGUUGGUGGUACGGAGUCUGAACAUACCCAGGUUGGUAGCAUUGGACCAGAGGAUACAUACGGAAACACAGACAAAUCCUCAUCUUCCUUAGGGGGCUCAUCUCAGAAUAUUCCAGGGGAAUCAAAUAGGUCGGAAGCUGUAUCAGAUGAUCAAACUCAGUGUGGUGAGAUGGCUAUAACGAACAUGUCAGAAAACUCAGUGCAGCCUUCAUCUCCCCUCGUGGAGGAAAAGGCAGAUGUCUUAUCAGGGAAAGAUCCAAAAGUAUCCGACAGUGGUGAGUAAGCCUGUCGUUGGGUUGAACUGUGCCAUGAAAGCACAGUGGGAAGAUUUGAGGGCUAAUUUGACCCAGCUGGGAGGUCAGUGGCACUGGAAGAACCACAAGGAUCUGUAGCUUUCCAGGUAUUUAUGAACCAAUAUUUUUUUUUUGUACAGCUAUACCGUAAUAUCCUGAUAUUAGCCUAUAUUUAAGCUUACUGUAUGAGGGCUGACAGUCAGAACUGACACACCGGAGAUAAUCAAGUAUUGCAUUGCCCUGUACAAUUAAUUUGAUUUAUGGUUGUCUCUAACCUCACCAGUUAAGAAACACAAAUAUCCAAUUAGCCUGU